AUGAUGUGGCUGUGGAGUGCUUUUAUAGUAUCCUUGUCAUUGUUGACGAUCGAUAGAUGUUAUGGAAUUUCAAGUUCUAUUUCACCAUUUAUCCAAUACAAACAUUCCAUUGAACUCGAAGACAAUGUAGCUGAUCUUUGGUGGACAUUGGAUGAUGCUGAAAGAGAGAUCACAUUCGAAUUACAUGUCAAGACUACGGGUUGGAUCUCUCUAGGCAUCAGCCCAGCUGGUGGUAUGAAAGGAGCUGAUAUCGGCGUUGGAUGGGUUGACAGUAAAGGCAAUGUUCAUUUUCAAGAUCGGUAUGCUAGUGACUUUGCCAGACCUAUGAUUGACAAUACAACCACGGACUGGUUUGCUAUUCGCGGCCGUGAGCAGAACGGAUGGACAGCCAUCCAAUUCAAACGUUUACUUGACACGUGUGACUCGAUGGACUAUCCGAUCAAAGUAUGA